GAAGAUACCAUACAAGCUCAACUAAUCAAAGGCUUCAUUUUGUCUUCCUCGGAGAAAAAUUGUGGGAACCAAGAAUGUGGAAGUUAAGACCAGCCCUGGCUCAAACUGCCCGAUGGCAUUCAGCUCAACUUCUUCAUAAGGCUGGAAUCCCAAGGGUAACAUGUGUGAGCUGUAUACACAGAGAACCACUGAAUGAAGAAUGGACCAAGCUUGCCGAGAAACAGUUAAGGGGAGCCGACCCCAAGGAGAAACUCACGUGGCAUUCUCCCGAGGGUAUUUCUCUGAAGCCGCUCUUCACGCAGCAAGACACCGCAGAUCACCCUGAUGACUUACCAGGCAAAUACCCCUAUACCAGAGGACCUUAUCCUACUAUGUAUGCACAGAGACCAUGGACAAUCAGACAGUAUGCAGGUUUUAGUACUGUGGAAGAGAGUAAUAGGUUUUACCGUGAGAACAUCAAGGCUGGCCAACAGGGCCUCAGUGUAGCUUUUGACUUGGCAACUCAUAGAGGGUAUGACUCUGAUAAUCCUAGAGUACAUGGUGAUGUGGGCAUGGCAGGUGUAGCCAUUGAUUCAGUUGAGGAUAUGAAGGUCUUGUUUGAUGGUAUUCCACUUGAUAAGAUGUCUGUUUCUAUGACGAUGAAUGGAGCUGUUCUGCCAGUCAUGGCCAUGUUCAUUGUUGCCGCGGAGGAAAAAGGUGUGAAACAAGAGCAGCUGACUGGAACCAUUCAGAAUGAUAUCCUCAAGGAGUUCAUGGUGAGGAAUACCUACAUCUACCCUCCAGCCCCUUCUAUGAGGAUUAUUGGAGACAUCUUUGCUUAUACCUCUCAGCAUAUGCCCAAGUUCAAUUCUAUCUCCAUCUCUGGCUACCACAUGCAAGAAGCUGGUGCUGAUACUAUCUUGGAACUAGCCUUCACUAUAGCAGAUGGUCUGGAGUACUGCAGAACAGGGUUGAAAGCUGGCAUGGACAUUGAUGAAUUCGCCCCACGCCUAUCCUUCUUCUGGGGUAUCGGCAUGAACUUCUACUUUGAGAUCGCCAAGCUGAGGGCGGCUCGGCGCCUCUGGGCCCAUCUCAUGAAGGAUCACUUUAACCCCAAGAAACCCAACUCCAUGAUGCUUCGAUGUCACUCACAGACAUCGGGAUGGUCUCUUACGGAACAGGAUCCAUACAACAAUGUCAUCAGGACUACGAUUGAAGCCAUGGCAGCAGUGUUUGGUGGAACCCAGUCCCUGCAUACAAACUCCUAUGACGAAGCCCUGGGUCUCCCGACGGUCACAAGUGCCCGUAUCGCCAGGAACACACAGAUCAUUCUACAGGAAGAGAGUGGCAUUCCAAAGAUUGUCGAUCCAUGGGGAGGCUCUCACAUGAUGGAAUGUUUGACAGAUGAAAUCUACGAGGCAGCCAACAAUCUCAUAACAGAGAUUGAGGAAAUGGGAGGCAUGGCCAAGGCUGUUGCUGAUGGAUUCUGUAAGCUGAAGAUUGAGGAAUGCGCUGCAAAGCGACAGGCUAGGAUCGACUCUGGAAAGGAAGUGAUUGUGGGUGUGAACAAGUACAAGCUAGCUGUGGAAGAGCCUGUCGAGGUGCUAGCCAUUGAUAACACUGAAGUUAGAGAGAAACAGAUCAAUAAACUCAAAGAUAUCAAGCAAUCGAGAAAUGAUUCUGAGGCGGAGGUUGCGUUGAAUGCCAUCUCGGAUGCCAGUUCCACGGAUGGGAAUCUUCUAGAGUAUUGUGUCCAGGCAGCGAGAGCAAGAUGUACCGUGGAGGAGAUCUCCAUGGCGAUGGAGAAGGUGUUUACCCGUUACGUGGCCACCGAUCGAAUGGUUAGCGGAGCCUACAAGUCAGAGUAUGGUGAGAAUGAGGAGAUCCAGGCCUGUAUAAACAGAGUGGAGGAUUUUGAGAAAUCAGAGGGGAGAAGACCUCGUAUCCUAGUUGCUAAGAUGGGCCAGGAUGGACAUGAUCGGGGAGCUAAGGUGGUGGCAACAAGCUUUGCUGAUCUGGGAUUCGAUGUUGACAUUGGACCUCUCUUCCAGACCCCAAGUGAAGUAGCACAGCAAGCUAUCGAUGCUGAUGUCCACGUUGUUGGAGUGAGUACACUAGCGGCUGGUCACAAGACUCUCGUACCUGAACUCAUCGCAGCUUUGAAGAAGAUGGGAAGGGGUGAUAUUGGAGUGAUUGUUGGUGGGGUCAUCCCACCUCAGGACUAUGAUUUCCUCUUCCAAGAAGGAGUUAAGAGCAUCUUUGGACCAGGUACAAGGAUACCCAUAGCAGCUAUCAAGGUUGUGGAUGACAUUCAAGAGGAGCUUGGCAAGAGGGCAGAUGCUAUGUGAGGCAACCCCCACUCAUUAUAACAUGAUGAUAAACAUUAGCAUCACAAACAUUUGACUGUUGUGGAACUCGCUGUGUAGUACUUGCUUUCACCAAUGGAAAAUGCUUGGCAAGAGAGAGCAUGCUAUGUGAGGCAAGGCCCUCUCAUUGUAAGAUAAUGACAAAUCUUCAUUUAUGUCACAAACAUUGCUGAACGCAUUCUACAGUGUUGCCACUUUCACCAAGGGGAAACACCUAGGAAGAGGAUGCAUGCUAUGUGAGGCAAAACCUUCUCAUUGUAAGAUGAUGAUUAAGCUUUAUUAACAUCACAAUCAGAAGACAGUUGUUGGAGCACACUCAUAUUGCUUAUUGCCACCAAAGGGAACGCUCGUAAGAGGCUGCAUGCUAUGUCAGGCAGCCCCCUUCAUUUGAAGAUGAUUUACUUCAGUUUAUCACAAAUUUUGCUGAACUUACUCUGCAAUACAUAAACAAAUUAAAAACUGUUGUUGAUAUCGCUCUGCAGUGAUGGCUAUCUUCUGCAAGAGAAACGAUAUAUAUUCCCCUUCUCUCUUUCCAAGGAUGAAGAUAAAACAGUUGUCUCACAGAUGUAGGGUGUCACGAGAAACUAAAGUGGUAUCCCCCAAGAAUGGUGUCAUUGUAAAAUGUAUCUAAUUGUUAAUUUGUUUUUAUAAAGUCCCACAUAAUUCUUUUUUUUAAUAAAAGAAUGCUUUCUAGAUGUUCUUUAUUUUUUGUUGUUAGUAUCGUUUUGAUCACACAAACAUGGCUAUAAACUAACAUGAAAAUAAAAGUUUCAUCAGUCUCUUAAUAAAUCCACUCUGAGUGAUACACAAUGGGAGCAUGUCAUGAAGAGUUUUCUUUUUCUGUGAUUUUACCAACUAACUUACUCUCAGCGAAUCAGAUUCAAGAAUUGUCAGUAGCUUGUAACAUGUCACUGAAAGCCACUGACAAAACUCUUCAUGAAACACUCCACAAGACAUGAAGUGAAAUGUAACCAUGUUUCAAUUGUUUAUAUAAAAACAUAUAUCCCGAUCCUUUCCUCAAAGCUUGUUGAAAAUAUUACCUAUCACACCUGAAGUAUCAUUAAUCUCACCUUAUUUGUGUGCAAUACUGUUUGACUGUGAAAUAAGAAGAUCGUCUUUUGGAAUGACAAACAAGAUGUUGCAAAAUUUGUACUGUUGUUUCUAUGAUAUAGUGUGCAUUUCCAAUGCACACUGGUGAAUGAAUGUAAUUUUGUGAGACAUAUGUUACUUUCCUUUAUGUGGUAUUUACAUGCAUCCAAACAUGCAUAAAACCAAGCAGAAGUAAACCAGUUGAUUUGCAUGUCUGCCUUUCAAGUCUUGUAAAUUUACUAUUUUUUUUAAUUAUUUGAUCUGGGUUUUUUUAGGUAAUGGCAAAAAUAAUUAUGCCUUAAUUAUUUCAUUAAUAACAAAUUGUUGACUUUGUUUCUACUUGCAACAAGUACUGUUACUUUUGAAAAUUUGUAACAUAUAUUGUCGUAUCUCAACCAACAGCGAAUCCUAAUGUUGCCUUUUUGAAUGAACAAAGUUAAGAUAAUUUAACAACAAAGUGCUUAAUAUUAUUAUUGUUUUCACAAUAAUACAUAUAAAAUG